AAUCAGUCGUGUACGCUGUACGGGUUGUUCGUGUAGAUUGUAUAGUGUGUUGAUCAUAGACAAAAAACAAUUACGCGUAUGGUUCUAUAGUGUUGCACUUACCCAACUCGGUUAAAAACUGUUACGUUUUUGUUUCUUCAGUUUGCGAUAGAAUCAGGCGAAACACUUCUGGCCACCGCAAAUCAUUAUGGCCCUGUCGUAUUUUUCGUUGUCCACCGAAAAGCUGGUCGAAGUGUUUUACGAACCCAAAAACUGCAACGAGCAUAAUGGCGUAACGGUAUUGUGCAGCCGCUUCACAGCCAAUUACAGGUAUUUACUUACCAAUAGCAUUGGCGGAAAUUAUGAGAAUGACUUGAAAGGUCUAAGUUCUUCAAGUCCCCCUGCAUAAUUUCCCCCAAUAUACAAUACGUCCAACACGUGACGAAAAUAUGACAAAAUCUUCCCAAUUUAUUGACGUUAUAAAAAUAAUCCUCUAACUUAUUUAUUCAUAUUUGAAUGUGUUACCUCUAAAUUAAACAGAUCUUGAAUUUAUUAGCAAUUAUAUAAAUAACUUAUAAUAGGUAGUAUAUUAGGUUAGGUGUUCAAAUAUGUAUUACAUAGAUACAAUCCACCUAAAUUCUCCACGGUUGUCAAAACAUCAGAAAAAUAAAUUUAUUCUUAUUUAAAAAUUAAAAAUACUAAAAUAUUAACUAAUUUUUUUUUUUUUUUUGGUUUUCUUUGUCAAUAUUUGUUUCAUUAUUGUUUAAGUGCUCUAUUUUUAAAUACUUAAAUGUUAGUACAGUAAAACUUUUAUAAUGGAAUUGCUCUGUACCAACUGAUUUGUCCGUUAUUAAGGAUUUUCUGUUUUAAGGAGAUUUCCACAUUAUAAAGAGUCCGUUAAAAGGAGGUUUUACUGUAUACAAUUUUUAGUGAAAAAUUUGUUUUUACAAUUGCAUUUUAACUUGUGUUCUUAUUAUGUAUUAUUGUUAUUUAUUUAUAAAACACUAUAAUUUAGGAUAAAAAAAAACAAUUAACAGAUCUGCUAGGUAUAAGUAAUAUUUCAUUCUCUGCUGUUAAUCUGUAGGAGACUCUUUUGAAUAUUUAUUUUAUUUGUUAUUAUAGACAAUUUGAUGCAUCAAAUCCUCUGUCAAUAAUAGAAAACAGCAAUAAUAUUAGUGAUGAGUAUGGGAAUUCCAGUGAUGAUGAAAUUGAUAUUAUACAUCUGAGUAAACAUAUAUUAAGCACUACAAUUAUUGAACAUGAUGCAAAUAUUAAAAAGUGAGUAAUAAUUCUGUUAUGAUUAAUUUUAAGGUUAGAGAAUUAAAUUUAUGAAAAUUUUGUAAGUAUUAUAUAUUUAAUACUAUCAUAUUAACUUUCAAAAUAUAUUGAACUGAAAAACAUUUGAAUUAAAUUACCAUAAAUAGAUGAAGCAAAGAAACUAAAACUUCAUCUGUUUAUGGAAUUUUAGAUUUUGAGCAGAGUGAGAACCAAAUUGGUUUUAUGAUAUUAUUGUUUUUUUUUCCGUGGACAACUUUUCUACCAGGAAUUUUGCUUCUAUUUCAAAUAUAGCAAUUUUUCUGAAAGAAAAGCUGAUUGUGUGGUAAUUUUUACCUAUUGUUACUUUAUUGUUUUCAUAAUAAAUGAGAAAAAACAUAAGAAAAAAGGGAAAAUUUACAAAAGGUGUUAUUUUAAAAUCGUCUUUCAAAACAUGUAUUACUGAACUCCGCUUAGAAUAGUUUUUCGUGAGCAAAGAUUAAUCAUUGCAUACAAAUAAAAAUAAAAUUCCCCUCUAUGUCCUACCUUCCUAACUUCUCAUCUAUAACAGUGGCCCAUUCAUGCGAAGUAUGUCUGCAUCUUAUUUUAUAUAUCUACGUAAUAUAUUUUAUUUAUUUAUUUUUUUUUAUAUUUCUGUUACAGACAAUAUGAAACAGAAUCACAAAAAAUGAAUGCAGUUCUUGAAGAUAUCGGUUUGAUCAUUGACGGUGUAUCAAAAUUUUUUACAUUCAAAUCACAACCAUCAUAUAUGAUGUUUCAUAAACAUAAUAUUACUAGUUACAGUCCAGAUAGAAAUGCCUCUUCAAUCACUACUGAAGUUUGUAAAUUUAUUUUUAAAGAAUUACUUACUCUAAUUUUAAUUUAAAACAAUGAAAUCAAUAUUUUUCUUACUAGAAAAUUUGUAGUUCAUAAAUAAAUUUUAUUUUUGUUUGUUUAAUAAGAGCAUCAGAACUUAUUGGAUAUGUUGUACGUCUGAAGAACUCCAAUUGUUUUUAAUAUUAGAAGUCUAAUAAGUAAUAAAUAUAUAUCGAAAUACAACAUUUUUGUUCAUCAAUUUCGCAUAAAUUAAUGAUAAUUAAAUGUCUGUUAUAAACUUUAUGAGCUGAUCUGAUCAAGAUGUAAAAAAAGGCUAGAAUGUAAACAUAAAACUAGAAACGUAAUUAAAUUUUUUUUUAAAAGUUCCCCUAAUCUAAUUUAGAGCAAAACAUUGAAUGUAUUUUCAUUCAUUUUCAUUCAAAAAUAGAUUUGAUACUCUAUAUAGUAAUAUUUAUAUUAAAUAUUUUGUAUAUAAUUAAAAUACAUAGUUUGUACUUAGUGGCGCUGAAGUCCCAAAAAUGUAGUCAGAUGAAGUACAUUUCAAAAGACUCAAUAAUUAAACAUACCCAUUUUUGUCUAAAUGGAUAGUUAGUAUAGAUUUUUAUUUCUAUUAAUUUUUUUUGGCAAUCAAACUGGCCAAAAAUGAAGUGGCCCAAUGCUUAAUUUUUAAGAGGUGUCUGGCUAAGUCUCGACCUUAAUAUAGGUUCUGCACCACUGUUGGGUACUUGGUAACUAAUGAGUUGUUUUUUUUCAUCUUAUAGCUAGCACAUAUCUAAAAAGUAAUAGUAAUUAAUAAUCAGAAUUUGGAACUUAUAGCAUUCGCUAAUUUGUCUUGGCAUUACAUUUAGCAGUGUUAUAUAAUUAAGUAAGUCCCAAAAACCCUGGUAAUUAGUAAUAAUUAAUAUGGGUAAUGACCAUAAAUAAUGUAAUACACAUUUAUUUAUCUUAUAUUUAUAUUUUUUCAGUUACUUAAUAUAUUAUUAGAUUAUUUGGUAAUUAUUUAUAAAUUGGUGAUUUGUGUGUUUGUUUUUUUUAUUAAUAUUUAUUAUAUUUUAGAAUUCAAUUGAUAGUUCAGGUUCAAUCAAAUAUAAUACUGAAAGAAAAUGGUGUACCUCAACUCCUAUGUCAUCUCCUAAUCAUAAAUACAAGUCCAUUGAUGAAUAUAGAGUAUGUACAAUUUUAUUUUGUAUUUUUUGUUUGUUUUAAAAUUAUUCUUUAUAUAAAUUGGUAAUUAAAAUUUAAAAUGUUGUUUUUUUAUUACAUACAUUUUGCAUUCAUUGUGUACAAAGUAAAUUAGUUAAAAUUAAUUUAAUGGUUUUGUUUUUUUUUUUAUUAUUAGAAAUAUUUUAAUUCAAUGGUUAUGAAACAUGAUAGAUUAAAAGAAAAAAACAGUUAUUUGUUGAAUCAUAAUAGGAAAAAGAUAAAUUUGAAAUAUUGGUCAAAAAGACAUAUGUUAUUUUCAAAAUUUGAUCUUGGUAUUCUAUUGGACGAUGGUAUACAAUUGAUAACUAUUUUAUUAUUUUUAUAACAACUAAAAUAUUUUUACAGAAAGCUUUUAUUCUGUAUGUCCAGAAGUAUUAAGUUACCAUAUAGCAAAGCGUUGUCAAAAUCAUGUAGUCUUAGAUCCUUUCUGUGGAGCUGGUGGAAAUAUAAUUCAAUUAGCAUUUAUGUGCGAUUUAGGUAUACUUGUAUAAUAUUUUAUAAAAAUAAAAAUAACAAAAAAACAAAGUAUAUAUAAAUUUAAAUUAUAUAUUUUUAAUUGUGUUAAGUUAUAGCGAUUGAUAUAGAUCCAACAAAAAUAUUAUUUGCAAAACAUAAUGCUGAAAUCUAUGGUGUUGCUGAGAAAAUAGAAUUUAUUGUUGGUGACUUUUUCAGUUUGGCUUCUAAGUUAAAAGCAGAUGUAGUAUUCAUGUCACCACCCUGGGGUGGACCAGAAUAUUCAAUUAAUGAAAGCUUUAGCAUUGCUUUAAUGUGUAACAAUUUUAAUUGUGGUGGUUAUGAUAUUUUCAAUCUUACUAAAAGCAUUGCAUCAAACAUUGCAUUCCAUGUACCCAAAACAACUAAUAUAUUCGAAGUGAGUUUUUAAAUCUCUAAGUUUGGUUUUUUUCUUAUAACCAUUUUCUUAUAAUUAUUUUUCAGUGUUUAUGGUUAGCUAUAAACUUUGGAAAAGUGGAAAUUCAACAGAAUAUUAUCAACGGCAGAUUGAAUUCAAUCACAGCAUUUUAUGGAGAGUUUACAGAUAUAACUGAUGAUGAAUAUUAACUUGUAUAAUAUAUAACAUUAUCC